UCUACUCUGGUACUCACUUUUGCGGGCGCGAUUGUCUUUCUAAUGCAAGCCGGCUUUGCCAUGGUCUGUGCUGGUGCUGUCCGCACAAAAAAUGUCCAAAACGCCAUGCUCAAGAAUCUGUUGGAUGCUUGCGGUGCGUCCUUGGCGUUCUUUUCCAUUGGCUACGCUCUGGGGUUUGGGGGUAUGGAGCCCGAAAGUUCCAAAAAGACCUUUGUCGGACAUAGUCAAUUCUUUCUGAUGGACGUUGACGACUACGCUUUUUGGUUAUUCCAAUACGCCUUUUCCGCUGCAUCUGCCACAAUUGUCGCAGGAACGCUCGCGGAACGAUGUCAAAUGACGGCCUAUCUUUGCUACUCCCUUAUGCUAACCGGGUGGGUAUACCCCGUUAUUCUACACUCCAUAUGGAAUCCCAACGGCUGGCUAUCUGCGUACUCGGUUGAUCCGCUUUGGGGCAGCGGGCUGGUGGAUUUUGCUGGCUCUGGCGUCGUUCAUGUGACCGGAGGAAUCACCGCUCUGUUUGCUACAAUGGUUUUGGGCCCCCGACGAGGACGCUUUCACGAUGAUCUUGGGCAUGAUCUGGCACGGCCACGGGAAUUUCAGGCUCAUUCGCCGGCUCUGCAAAUGCUUGGUACUUUUAUUUUGUGGUUUGGCUUUUACGGAUUUAACAUUGGCUCCGCGCUGAUAAGCACAAAGCAAGGCUCAGACGAAGCAGCCGCCUUGGCCGGUGUCAACACAACGCUCUCCGCUAGCGCGGCAGGUAUUGUGGCGCUGUUUUCAAAUCUAUGGUACCUGGAGAAGACGACCGGUGAGCCUCUCUUUGAUCUAAAGUAUGCUAUGAAUGGCGCCAUCUGCGGUCUUGUAGCUAUUUCUGGCGGCUGCGGGGUCUUCGAGCCCUGGGCCGCGGUGGUCACCGGGGCCGUGGCCGGUGUGAUAUAUCUAUUAGGUAGUCGCGGACUUGUAUCCAUGCGACUGGAUGACGCUGUGGAUGCCAUCCCUGUACACCUCUGUGGUGGGGCCUGGGGCAUCCUGGCGGUGGGACUGUUCGCAGCGCCCGAACGUCUCCUUUCCGUGUAUGGACGGAAUAAUCACCCAGGAUUGGUUUAUAGCAUUCGUGAAGGAGAUAUCGAUGGCGUUCUUUUCGGAAUUCAACUAAUUGGUCUCAUGUUCAUCAUGGGAUGGGUUAUGAUCAUCAUGCUACCUUUCUUUGUAUGGCUCAACUGGAAAGGCUGGUUCCGAUCAGACCCGCUGGAGGAGAUUCUCGGGCUCGAUUUAAGCUAUCACGUCGGAUUGGCG